AGCUGGUGGAAGUGAAGCUGUCGAUACCUGGUGAUACUGUUAAAGGUAGGAAAGAUGUCGUAUCAGGGCAGUCCCCAUUCCCAUUCCCAUUCCCACUCCCAUCAUGGGAACGGAAAUGGCCCGCCAAUCUGGGGAAAUGGAAAUGGAAACGGUCAUCCCAAUAAUCUUCCUCGACCGCAAAUGCAAUCCCCAUACGCGCACACCCGGAAUGUAGGCAUCGGUAUAGCUGGAGGAAAUCCAUACCCAACACCAUCGAAUCAGUACUAUUCAUCACCCACACCCACACCCACGCCCACACCCUCACAACAUCGACCUCAGUAUGCCAUGCAGGCUCCCGAUUUAAAUCGCUACAGCGGACCGCCCGCUCCUCACUCCCACUCCCAGCAUCAGCAUCAGCUUCAGAAUCAGAACCAAAGUCCGCAACCUCAAAUGUUCACACAACCCUCACAAAUCUUCCAACCACCACCUCCGGCGCAUUUGGGACAGCCGAACCCCUCUCCACGAAACUUUGCUCCGAACUCAAUGUACAUAAAUCCAGGAGCCAUGUCAAGCCCUGCGCCCGAUCCUCAGCAGGACACCUCCAAGCUCCUGAUUUCUCUCGCAGAAGAGUACUUUGAUGCUGCGCACGAACUCGGUCCUUCGGUUUCCGUCUUACUGACUCCCACACAUGUGGAGGCAUAUCAACGGCUGAUUGCGACAGGAUUGAAGUGUUUGGACGCGGCUUUGAAAAGAGGAAAACUGCCGCCCAGGAUGGAAGCGAAUGUGCGACUACGCUAUGCUGGAGUACUUCAUGAAGAGACGGAAAACAACCUGGAAGCGGAAACAGCACUGAGUAAAGGAAUUAGUCUUUGUGAGAGGGUAUGUCGGUACUCAUUGCCGCAAGCGACGCUUCUGACGUGACCUAGAAUAAAUACAAUGAUCUCAAGUACGCCAUGCAGUAUUUACUUGCGCAAGUAAUGGCACAAAAGAACCCCAAGGCCGCCAUGAAAGCGCUAAAUGGUUAUGUUAACGAAGCUGAAGAGUAAGUCACUUUCUCAUGGUCAGGGUGAGUUCAGGCUAAUACCCACAAGCUACCAACAUAUUUCUUGGGUAUAUGCCCUUCGAUUCCUUCGGGCGCAGUAUGCUAUGACAACUGGAAUUCUUGCCGACGACCAUUAUGCCAUCAAGAAUUUCCAAAAGAUCUCGGAACUUGCGACGACGCAACAAGAUGACGCCAUACACCUGACAGCUUCUUUGAUGGAAGCAAUGGCACAUAUGAGAUCAGCCGCACCGGAUUCUAUGGUACUCGCCCAAGGUGCACUUGGCGCUGCGCGAAAACACCAAUUAACUGUUGGCGCUACGAUAUUACAGCUUAACGGUUUAACGCAUCUUCUUGAUGUCAUGUGUAGUAUACGCGAGGGGAGUAUACAAGAAAUGUUGGUCAAGUUGAAAAACCUACAGGUAACAAUGGAUCAAGUUCUCCAUAACGAGAAAUGGGGAAGGUUCAGUAAUGUUAUAGCUAUUCCCAUAAACAGGACUGCCAAAAGUUCACAUACCGUCAGUUAUGAGACUAGAGCCGUCUUAGGAAUUGGCGAGGAUGGACGCGAUAAUCUAAUGUUUUCCUUUCUCAGCAAAACCGACGCGUAUUCAAUCUCGUUAGUUUCCUCUUUCCGAUUUCAUGGAUAUCGCUGACCACUUUUCAGGUACCUACUUUGUGGAGUCGUAUUAUUACAUCGAGGUGAUCAGAAAGGAGUCAAAUACCUGAAAGAAGGUCUGAAUACUCUGAAAGGUAAUCCGAAUGUUGCGCCACCCAUGUUACUUAAAAUUGACAUGGUAAUAACAGGGGCUACUCGAACAUCUCGAAUGACUGAAGGCCUGCUACCCGAAUUGGCCCAGAAGCAAGCAUGGAGAGGCGAAAUUAUGUGUUAUUACCAGCUGUACAUGGCUUUUUACGCCGCUGGAAUCUCUGAUUGGCAUCAAGUUAAGCUCAACAUUGAUCAGCUAAGGUCUACGGCUCGAAAUUUCGAUUUUGCUCUUCCAGGUCCCCUUGAAUGUCUCGCAUUGUUCCUCACUGGUGUUUACUACCAAGGAUCUGGGGACUUGAGUACUGCUUUAAGAAUAUUUCAAGAUCCCAUGUUUUCACUGAAUCAUAACCACGGUAAAACAACCUCCACUUCGAAAAUCGAGCGCGAGUUUUCCAUCAUAGCAGCCCUGAGCGCGCUCUGGAUUCUUCAAACGCCAAGUCAACAAAAUACCGCCAACAACACUGCUACUCUCGCCAUGCUCGAACCAAUAUGUGACAAGCAUCCCAACCUCGACAUACAAACCGCUUUUCGACUCGUCAAAGCAACCAUCCUGACCAACCCUCCAGUACCCCUCUACUCCAUCAAAACGCUCCUAGGCGCAGCACUUAGUGGAGCAAAGAAAACACAGAACAAUCAAUUUAUCUGUAUCAUUCUCAAUGUCAUGUGCUCAAAGUUCUUCUCAAAUGUGGUAGGAGAGCAAGCGGAAAAAAGUGCGAUGGCUGGUUGUGUGCAGGCGCAAAAAAGCGGAAGUUUGCUCUGGAGAAGUGUGGCGGAUGGGAUGCUUGCGAAGUGUUAUGAUGUGCAGGGGAAGAAGGGACAGGCGGCUCAGAGGAUGGCUAUGGCGGAGAAGUUUGCGUUGGAUGCUUCUGGUGUCUUGAGUUCUGCAAAUGGAAGUAAUAUGCAGAGUGUUGUGUGUGAGUAGAUAUUGGGGUCUGAUUGGGGGAUGAUUUGUGAUUCAUGUGGAUUGUACAUGGGAGAGGAGUUGUGAACAUACUGGGAGAGGAGUGGCGCAUUAUUUGCUCGGAUUGUGACUUUUACGAUAUAUGGAUGGCUUGCUUGAGUAAGGUGGCAGCGAGGAG